CGUACUCGAGAAGUCCGUUUGACAAUUUUGGGUUAAGAAAAAAAAACCUUAUUACCGGUCACUAAUACCGUCCCUGGUUGGCAAGAGUAUUCCCGGAGUAUCGAGACAUUAACCCGGAACAAUGGGCGUCCCCCUGUCCUGGCUUGGAUAUCUCUGGCUGUGGGCGCUGAUAUGUUUGAGCCUACGACCCAGUUGUGGGCAACGCUUGGAGGAAUCCAUCCUGGAUAUCGUCAACACUACCAAUGAAUUGUCAGAAUUCGCCAAAUUUCUACAAAUUGAUGGCUUGCAUCGGGCAUUAUUGGACCGGCAAGUGAGUGUCUUCGCUCCGACCAAUGCAGCCAUGGCCCGAUAUCCCGGACGAUCCACUGAGAGUCUGAUCCUCAAUCACAUGACCAACAUCGCUCUCAUGGUGGAACAAUUCCCCGAAAAGAUGACCUCUUUGGUCACGGGCAAUCCACCGCUGUGGAUCACCCGGGACCGCCAAGGGAUCUUCGUCAAUCAAGCCCGCAUCGUGCGAGAAAAUAUCCGAGCUCGAUCGUCUCGUGGGGAUGAACAGGUCCUUCACAUGAUUGAUAGCGUGUUGGAACCCUUGGUGCCGACCUCGGUCCGAGAGGCCGAGUAUUUUGCGCAGCUCGAUGCCCGCAAAUUGCUCAGCCAAUCCACGUUGUACAACCUUCGAGGGAAGCGGACCCGCACGUUUUUCGGUCAGGCCGAGUUCAACCAAAAGACGCACAUGUUCGGCGUGCCCGGACAGCACACGUUCUUCAUUCCCAUUGAUGAUGCCUUUGAAAGCGUGGACCCGAACUUGGGUUAUGACUACGAGCGGAACCGUCUCAAGAGCACCGUGACCUCGACCAUCUCCAGAGUUGGAACGAGAAUCCAAAAAGACUUGGUGGACAAAACCGUCCUGGAGGGUCACAUUGUUCCUCACAAGAUGCUUUUCACCAGCCACGCCCCCACUCAAGAACAUCCAACGGUAGCCUGGCUACCCAAGGGUGUUCAAGUCAACGUCAGUCUACAACUCACGGGCUUUCAAACCCACUCGGAUUCGGUACCACGAUUUCCCAGUGAGGACAGUCAAGGACGAGUAUCGUAUUCGAGGUACUCGGUGAACCAAGAUGGAGACGAGACCUUAAACCAGGACCAACUACGAUCCCUAGAACUCCAACAGGCCAGUCCAGUGGUGGUCAGAUCCAAUACUAUUGUGGGAGAUCGAAUUCAUCCACGAGGAAUGGUAGUGGCCAGAAUUGUCCAGGGCAACAUCCCCGUUCAAAAUGGCGUGGUCCAUCUCAUCGACAAACCUUUGAUGGUGGUGGCGAACUCGCUCUAUGAAUAUGUUAUGUCUGAGGGCAGACAACCAGGAAAUCGGCUGUCCAUGUUUGCCAAACUACUUCGGGAUAAGGGUGGAUUGUUCACGGAAGCCAUUAUCGAGGCCAAAGAUGGUACCAUUUUGGCCCCCAGCAAUGAGGCCAUGGAGAAGGUUGAUAUGGAGCGCCUAGAUUUUGUCCUGGGCAAUGAUUACCUCAGAGCGGAGAUGCUUGGGCUUCAUUUUGUCCGCGAGCGAAUUGUGUCUUCCGAUUAUCGAUUGCAACAGGGUGGAGACUUGACAUAUUCUUCGCCUGCCUCGUUGGCCAAUAACCGUGUGUGGUUUCAUUACGAUCCCAAGUAUCAGUUUAUGACGGUGGAGGGCCGAGGAGUGAAUGCCUCCGUGGUGGAGAAAGACAUCGGAACCAUCAAUGGGGUCAUCCAUAUCGUGGACCGAGUGCUAGGGAUUCCUUACCAAACCUGCGGCGAGCGCAUUAACUCCGAUCCCAACAUGAGCCAUAUGGCUUCGUUGCUGAGACAACUCCGGUUGGAUGGUCUGUUCUCGGAGAAUCCCCGUCAGUCCCCAAGGAGAUACACGAUCGUAGUCCCUUCCAACGAUGCUUGGGAGAAAGCUCAAUUGGACUUCAGCAAGGCUUACAACACCAUCCUGGAAGGGCAGUUCCCGGAUUAUGGUCGUGUGAUAAUGCAGAGACAUUUUAAAGUUGAUGAGCGGCCUCUGACUUUCGAGGAAUUGAUCGAAUUGUCUCGACGAACGCCAAGUCGAGAAGUGCCCAUGACUUCAGGGGAACUCACUUUCACCGAGCAAGGCGAAUUCAGUCUCAAUGCGUACAAGGAUAAUUUCGUGGGCUGGAAAGGGGUCAAUGGGAAGGUCAUUCGACCCAACCUCGAAUGCACCAAUGGUAUCAUCCACUUGGUGGACACCGUGUUUAUGGACGACGCACCCCCAUGGGCCGUUGGGGACUCAUCUGCUAAACAUCAUUCCAAUUGGGCUGUUUUGAUCUCGAUGCUAAGUCUGACUCUCUGGAGAUUUUAUUUUCAAUAAAUCAUGAACAACAAAA